CGUCAUCAGGACGCGCCCUCGCGCUGUCGCCACCACAGUCUGCGACGGGACCCGGCGUGCCCAUGUGUCAGGUGGGCGAGGACUACGGGGAGCCGGCGCCUGGGGAGCCGCCCCCGGCGCCGCGGCCCAGCCGUGAGCAGAAGUGUGUGAAGUGCAAGGAAGCCCAGCCCGUUGUGGUGAUACGAGCCGGAGAUGCCUUCUGCAGGGACUGUUUCAAGACCUUCUACGUCCACAAGUUCAGAGCCAUGCUGGGGAAGAACCGGCUCAUCUUUCCAGGCGAGAAGGUGCUCUUGGCAUGGUCUGGGGGGCCUUCAUCCAGCUCCAUGGUCUGGCAGGUCCUUGAGGGCCUGAGCCAAGAUUCUGCCAAAAGACUGCGCUUUGUGGCGGGAGUCAUCUUUGUUGACGAGGGAGCAGCCUGUGGCCAGAGUCUAGAGGAGAGAUCAAAGACCCUGGCCGAAGUGAAGCCCAUUCUGCAAGCAACUGGGUUCCCAUGGCACGUGGUGGCCUUAGAGGAGGUGUUCAGCCUGCCACCGUCGGUGCUUUGGUGCUCUGCCCAGGAGCCGGUGGGAUCCGAGGGGGCCUACAAGGCGGCCGUGGACAGCUUCCUCCAGCAGCAGCAUGUGCUGGGGGCCGGGGGUGGUCCUGGCCUGAUACAAGGGGAGGAACAGCCACCCCCACCCACACGGGACCCCCAGAGCCUGGCAAGACCGCCUGCCACUGCCCAGACUGAGGCUCUUUCCCAACUGUUCUGCUCAGUGAGGACACUGACGGCCAAGGAGGAGCUUCUGCAGACCCUGAGGACCCACCUGAUCCUGCACAUGGCCCGAGCCCACGGAUACUCCAAGGUCAUGACUGGGGACAGCUGCACACGCUUGGCCAUCAAGCUCAUGACCAACCUGGCACUGGGUCGAGGGGCCUUUCUGGCCUGGGAUACGGGCUUCUCGGAUGAGCGGCACGGGGACGUGGUGGUGGUGCGGCCCAUGCGCCACACCCUGAAGGAGGUCGCUUUCUACAACCGCCUGUUCUCCGUCCCUUCUGUCUUCACACCAGCCGUCGACACCAAGGCCCCUGAAAAGGCCAGCAUCCACCGGCUGAUGGAGGCCUUCAUCCUCAGGCUGCAGACCCAGUUCCCCUCCACUGUCAGCACUGUGUACAGGACAAGUGAGAAGCUGGUGAAGGCCCCCCGGGACGGCCCCGCUGCUGGCGACUCCAGCCCCCGCUGCCUCCUCUGCAUGUGUGCCCUGGACGUCGAUGCUGCUGACAGUGCCACAGCUUUUGGGGCUCAGACCUCCUCACGUCUCUCCCAGAGGCAGUCGCCCACGCCCCUGACUGAGACCCGGACACCCCCGGGGCCAUGCUGUUCUCCAGGGGUGGGCCAGGCCCAGGGGGCCUGCAGGAGGGAGGACCCCCAAGCCUGCAUUGAGGAGCAUCUGUGCUACAGCUGCCGUGUGAACAUGAAGGACUUGCCCUCACUGGACCCCCUGCCGCCGUACAUCCUGGCCGAGGCCCAGCUCCGCACACAGAGGGCCUGGGUCUUGCAGGAGAUCCGGGACUGUCUAAUUGAGGACAGUGACGACGAGGCGGGCCAGAGCUGAGCGUGAG